CGCGCACACAUCAAACUCCAGCAGCGGGAGAGUUUCCUUCCCUGCAGCUGCUAAUAUAAGAGCAAUGCCUGUCCAUCAAGUGAAAUGUGCUUCUGAGCUGGACAGUAGUGUCCCUCCACACUUCCAGCAGAUCAGCAUAUCAGACCUCACGCUUGCAUCUGACUGUAUGCAAAGGGCUAUUAAGGGUGAAGUGGUUCAGAAGGGCCCUGUGGUGUCUCACAGACAGACCGACCACCUGCUAAAGGCUGUUAUCCAAGGAAAAGACACUCAGAGUUCAGACACGACACAACAGACGUCAAUCAAUGUAAUUUUUUUCGGUACAUUGGCAAAGGAUUUUUCCCAGACUGUCUGUCAAGGGGACAUUGUCUUAUUGUCUGGCUUCAGCAUCAGCAAGUCACCCACUGAACAGACUGACAGAUUGCAUCCAUGUCUUUUGGAGAUGAGUAGCAUUGAUUCCCAUGUGUAUGUGUGCUCAUCUAAUGUCUUUGUCUCCAGUGGACCUGCUGUUGUCAGCUCAGAGUCCAGGUACACAUAUGUCCCUUUAAACGAACUGAAACCCAGCAGAAUAGUGAAUGUGUAUGGUGUAGUGACCUUCUUCAAACAGCCUUUUCCUACCAAAGGCACAGAUUACUGCUCCACACUGAAGAUCACAGACCAGUCAAUGGCUAAAGUGAGCUGCACCAUUUUCAGCGAAAGGCUUGAAGAUCACCCUAAAAUCUUUCGAACUGGAGACAUCAUUCGUCUUCACAGAGUGAAGGCUCAAAUGUUCAGUGGAUCGAUUACUCUACUGACCACUUUAGGAUGGUCUGCCAUUACGUUUGAUGGGAUGAUUGACAGCCCUAUUGAGGCCCGCACAUCAAGUAGGACUUUCCACUUUGACGAAGCCGAUAAGCAAGCAGUGGAGGCGCUGCGUCAGUGGUCAGCAAGACAACUUCUGGCCAGUGAGCCCACAGUCCCACUGUCCUCUGUACAGCCGAGGAUGUUUUUUAAUCUGACCUGCCAGCUGGUAGCCAAAGCCAGAAUGGACACCAGAUGCAUGCUGCUUAAGGUCUGGGAUGGGACUAAAUGUACGCACCCUCUGCUCAAUGUAACCGUGGCACCAGACACCUUAGAAGGAGAGUCCACUCCUUCUCAAGACAGUCACAACAUGCUUGCCAAUGUUCUGGUCUACGAUAACCAUUUGGAAGGAGCCAAUAAGUUGAAGCCUGGCAUGUUCCUUCGGCUGUACAAUCUUCAUGCUGUGUCCCAAAAAUCAUCUGAGCAAACUGCUGAUUGUGCCAGCCCCCUCUGCUUCCACCUGCAUGGCGGCACUUCAUAUGGUAAAGGCCUACGUGUGCUUCCUUCAGAGAGUCCAGAGCUCCAGCCGCUCAAGAGAUUGUUGGAGAGUCAUGAAACUGAAGCUGAAAAAGAUGAGGUGAAUGAUGCCACUCUCCUCAAUAUUUGGUAUACUCCUCCCGAGUCUCUUGGUCAAGUGGACAAUGAAGAUUUUUUUACGGUUCGGACAUGUGGACACGCACUGCAGCAGGUCUCUCUUGCUCAUGUGAAGAAAUCGGCUACACCUGUGGUUUGUCACGUUCGUGCCAAGGUGAAAUCUUACCAGCCACAAAACCUGUACCAGUGCCUCAAACUGUUCUGUCCACAAUGUACAACACUAGAGGAGGUCCCCAAUGAUGAGGUUAUAGCUCGGGUAUUCCAGAACGCUUUGAGAUUCAGUCAGCCGUGUAGUGAGCACUGGGCAGUUACUUCUUCAGUGGAUUCCAUUAGCAUGCACGUGUCCUGUGAGAUGGUCCUGAGCAACACACACACGCAGCUGCUUUUUCUUCAGGGUGUUACACUGGAGGAAAUGUGUGUGAUCUCCCUAGCUCAUAGCAAUGUGGUCCCUGUGUGCUUGAAUGAUGGAAGAAUGAGGCUGCUGGAUUUUUCAGCCCCAUUUCUCUUCAGUGGAGACAAGAGAUAUUAUGGAUGUAAACGGUGCUCUCGGUCCACAUUUGUAGAGCCUAAGGUAUCUGGAGUGCAGGUGUGGGAUGAGCAUAAUGUGGCCAAAGCUCUUGGUGUGCAGCUGAUGCAGUAUGCUUUACUGAUGAAAUUUGAGCUAGAGGAUGAGACAGGAACACUUGAAGCUUUAAUUUGGGAGGACGCUGAGAAAUUCUUUCAUGUCACUGCUGUUGACGCAUCAGUGUGUCAGGCUUCACAGGAUAAAGUUCAGACCACCAUGGAUAGGCUUCAUCCACCAGGAAGCAGCAUAGAACAGCGCCCAUGGCUGAACCUCUGCCUCAGCGGCUACAAUGUAGAGGAGAAUGGCAGAACUCAAGUGUGUUACCAGAUCACUAACACAGAAACAAGAGGCAAUUUCUGCACUUCCCACUGAGGCCAAGUUUCCUUAAGAUGGAAAAAUAACUACUGCUAAUAAUGCAUCUUUGGAUCAAACUGUGUUAUUGUCUUCAGUUCAAAAUGUGACGAGCUACAAUGAAGAAUAGAUAAAUUUUGUUUUAUACAAAAUAUUUUAUAAAUGUUUUGUAAAAAAAAAUAAUAAUGUAAAUUGUUUUCCAUUAAUAAAUUGAUUUACCAUUUUCAGCUAUUAGACAUACCUUUUUUUUAUUGCAUUUUGAGUACAAGGCCUAGUAAAUAAUAUAUCACCUUACCUGUAUCUGCAAUAACGCAGAUCAGUGUGAUAAAUUUAUUUCUACUUGUACAGUAUGCAUCCCAAUUAUAAAUAAGAAAUAAACCAAAUGCUUA